AUGGCUCCCCCUCCCAAGCGGUCGCCGCCGCCACCGCCCGGCUACUUCGAGCGCCGCGACGCCCUUAUCAACGCCAAAGCCAAAGCUCUUGCCUCCCAACUCUCCACCUCCCUCGUGCUAGCCCCUCCUCCCUCUGCUCUCUCCUACACAGAUACAAUAGCUGAUGUUACACCCUUCAUCCCAAUUACAUUAGAUCUUGCUGCUCACAACUAUUACCAUUGGUGCCAUUUGUUUGAAGUUCAUCUAGGGCGUUGCAAUCUUCGUGGGCAUGUCGAUGGCUCCGUUCCGCCUCGUCCCGAUGAUCCGCAAUGGGUCAAGGACGAUCUCGCCAUCAUCCAGUGGAUCUACACCCGCGUCUCCACCGAGAUCUUCAACCUCGUCUUUCGCAGCGCCGCCACCGCCUCCGCCCUUUGGUCGGCUCUUCGGCAGCUCUUCCAGGACAACGUUGACGGCCGCGUCACCAGCCUCAACAACGAGCUUCGCAACACCGUCCAGGGCGACACCUCCAUCAGCACCUACUGCCAGCACCUUAGUGCUAUCGCCGACGAGCUUCGUGAACUCGGCGAUCCCGUGUCCGAUCGGCAGCUCAUCAACAUCCUUGUCGCUGGUCUCAGUAACGACUUCGACAAGCAAGCGUCGUUCAUCCCCAUGAUGCGCCCCCGCCCCACCUUCGCCGAGGUCCGCUCCCUGCUGCAACACGCCGACACCACCCAAACUCGUAAGGCGGCCCGUCCACAGGCCUUCGUCGCCGCUCCUCGCCCGCCGCCUCAAGCUCCUGCGCCAGUGCCACCACCUCCCGCGCAUACGCCGCAGCCCCCUCCUGGGCUGCGCCCAAGUCCCAACUACAGGGGCAAAAACCCCAUCUGGCGUCCUCCACGCCCGCCGCCACCAUCUGCGCCCGUCUACAGCAUGCCGCAAGCGCCCGUCUACAGCGCUCCACCUCCCCCGGCUCCUUCAGGAUGGCGUCCCAUGCAGGAUCCAUGGACAGGCAUGGUCCAAGCCUGGUCGAUGCCAUGGACAGCUCCCGCCUCGGCCGGCACUCCGCCGGCAUACUUGCGCGGCUGGACGCCCGGAUUGCGCCCUCACACCGGCUCUCCAGGGCUGCUCACACCACGGCCUCCUCCGCAAGCGUACUAUGCUGCUCCGCCACCCAUGUACGGCGCGCCCUCGUCGCCUCUCUACGCCACUCCGUACGGUGCCGCUCCGUCCUCCCCCUACACCAACCCGGGAGGCAGUAUCGCUCCAUAUCAGCUGCCAACCAUGCCCCCAGUGUCAUCAUCGUCGACUGCACCACCUCUUCUUCCUACUCCAACGCCAACCUGGGAUCAAGCCGCCUUUCUACAGGCCAUGAACAAUUUUGCUGCUCAAGAGAACUCAG